AUGUGCAAUGAACUGGUUCCUUUUAGCCUGACUCACUGGGUCGGUUUGAUAACUUCUUGUUCCAGUAUUAGAAAAGAAGGGGCAGCAGAUCUGCGACAGAGAAAGAAGCAAAACUGCACAGAAUCUGACAAAAUGGCUCCAGAGGAGAGAAACAAAGAAAACUCAAAGCUGGGAAGAUCGCCAAAAUAUAUGUUAAUUCAGCGUUUUGCGAAACUUUUCUUUGGCUGUCUUGCGGCAGUCACUAGUGGAAUGUUGUAUGCUGUGUACCUCUCAACGUAUCAUGAACGGAAAUUCUGGUUUUCCAGCAGGCAGGAACUUGAACGAGAAAUUACAUUUCAGGGUGACAGCGCCAUUUAUUACUCGUUCUAUAAAGAACUGCUAAAGGCUCCUUCCUUUGAAAGAGGUGUUUAUGAGUUGACACACAACAAUAAGACAAUAUCACUGAAGACAAUAAAUGCAGUCCAGCAAAUGAAUUUGUACCCAGAGUUGAUUGCCAGUGUUUUGUAUCAAGCAUCUGGUAGUGAAGAAGUUAUUGAACCAGUGUAUUUCUACAUUGGUAUAGUUUUUGGACUGCAGGGAAUUUAUGUGACUGCAUUGUUUGUAACCAGUUGGGUUAUGAGUGGAUUGACUGUAGCAUGGUUCAUUAUUAACAGGACAGAUACAACAAGAAUUGAUUACUCCAUACCAUCAAGGGAAAAUUGGGCUUUGCCAUAUUUUGCAUGUCAAGUAGCAGCUCUCACAGGCUAUUUAAAAAAAAACCUAAAUUGUUCUGCUGAGAAGUUUUGUUACCUUUUGGUGAGUGCUUCAACAUACACCUUCAUGAUGAUGUGGGAAUACAGUCAUUAUCUCCUGUUUAUCCAGGCUGUUUCUCUUUUUCUGCUGGACAGCUUUGCCCUGGCACAGACAGAGAAGGUGCAUGAAGUAUACAAAAUCUACUUGUUUUCUCUCUUCUUGGGGUACCUUCUGCAGUUUGAAAAUUCAGCCUUACUAGUGUCACCAUUACUGAGUCUUGUAACAGCUUUAAUGCUCUCUAAAUGCCUUCAGAUGAAUAUGAAAAAAGGUACAUUUAUGUCAAGAUUGCUGAAAACAAUGUACAUUUAUUUGGUCCUCACAAUAACAGUGACACUAGAGUUCUUACUAAAG